AUGUUAGUUGAUUUAAACGUUCCUUGGCCACAGAAGGAUUUUGCAACACCGCCUUCCACGAAGGAGAUUAAAACGCUGCACAAGACUCUAGCGACAUUGCAUACACUAGGGUACACUCACAUAGCUUUAAAUUUCACAGUAAACCAACAGGAUAAAUUCCCAAAAUCAAUCAAUGAUAUGAAUCCUAUCGAUCUAUCGCAUUUUGAUGAACUAGUGAAAUCUACGGGAUUAAAGCUAUAUACAAGAAUCACAAUUAUUAUAGAUGACCUUUCAAAAGGCCAGCCGUUGACAAAGAUAUCGCAAGCUUUCGAUAUUGUGGCAGCCCUUCCAGUCAGUGAAAAGGCUGUUACUCUCGUAACGUCUAGCUUGGAUGUUGAUGUGCUAUCAUUUUACUACGACAAAAGGCUUCCUACACUUUUGAAACAUCACAUGAUGGGGGGUUGCAUUAAGAGAGGAGUCAAAGUAGAAAUUGUUUAUGCUAACGCUCUUCGAGAUAUCAGAACACGUAGGCAGUUCGUAUCUAACGUGAAGAGUGUGAUCAGAACUUGCAGGAACAGAGGAAUCGUGGUCAGUAGUGGAGCAACCAGCCCACUAGAAUGUCGUAAUGUCAUUGGAGUUACAAGCAUUUUGAACUUUAUUGGGCUUCCGAAUGACAAAUCUCGUAAAUCCAUGGGCGAGCUUGCUAGUUUGGUACUUCUAAAUGGUAGAUUAAGAAAUAAGAGCUAUAAGCAAGUCAUUUGUAUUGGUAACGAAGAUGUAGUCAAUGAAGAUUUUACACAGAAUUCAUCGUUCAAAAUAGUCAAAAGGAAAAACCCAGAUACACUGGAAAGUGAUGACUCGAAAAGAACAAAAAGCUGA